AGGUGCAUGGUGAUUCACGCCACGGGCAGCAUGACGAUUGAAGACAACGUGGCGUACGAGACCAAGGGGCACUGCUAUUUGCUGGAGGAGGGAAGCGAGCUGAACAAUAACUUCAAGCGCAACCUUGGAAUCAACGCCAGAAAAGUGGAGAAGGUGAUUCCCCCCGCCAGCAGCAGCAAGCUGGACAAGCAGACGGACAAACAGCCCACCACGUUCUGGCUCGGCACCCCCCACAGCAACUUCAUUGAUAACGUGGCUGCUGGCUCGGAAGAUUCUGGAUUCUGGCUAGAGGCCACCCCAUACAUGCGGGGUGUGUCGCGCCUGCUGCCUGCGAUCGGAGCCAUGAACCCCCUCGCGUACAACUGGGGCGAGUACUCGGGGAACGUUGCUCACAGCAACGUGUUUGGGUUUCGCACGUACCCUCACGGCUCGUAUGCGCGCUACCCUGUGUAUGACGAAGACCCUGCUCCCUUGAAGGACUUUCUGAUCUACCGCAACAAAGUGGGAAUGUUCUUUUUCAACAGCGAGCGCAUCGUGGUGCAGAACGGAAUCUUCCUGGAAAACGCCAUCGGCAUAGACCUGAGCCGCAACGUGAAGCUCUCAGCCUCUGGCUGCAAGUUCAUCGCUCGGGCCGCUGCUGCUGCUGCUGCUGCUGCUGCUACCACCACUGCUGCUGCUGGUGGUGCUACCACCACUGGUGCUACUACCAAGUUUAUGGGAAGCGCCAGCACCAGCGGCAGCAAUGGUAUCAGAACGCUCAGCAGCAGCACAGCUUCUGGAGCCGAUUUUGACGCAGAGUUGGCUUUAAUGAAAGGCCCGACCACACUCACCCAACCCGACAGCCUCUCCCUUGCUCUCGGGCCACUGGACGAGGUGUAUGGUGGUGCUGGUGCGGAUUUCACUCGGCCAGAAGAAGAGUUAUUUAAGGAGCUCAAGAGCAAGCCGGGAGCGCUGGCUCGGGUGAAGCAGCAACAGAGGGUGGGGCCGUUGCAGCGGGUGAUAGGGGACGGCAAGACAGGCAGUUUUGCCUCGCCUGUGGGGAUUGUCGUCAGCCAGUGCAACCCGUCCGACCCUCCAGGGCCCAACUCGAUCCAGGAUUCAUUCUUCUCAAGCUAUGGCGCCACAGACGAUGCCAGCUUUGCCGUGCUGCUCACAGCCAACCAUGCGGGGGGGUACUGGAACAGUGCUUUCUACGUCAAGGGCCUAACAUUUGGUUCUGGAACCAACAAGUUCUGGGCCACUCCGAACCCCUCCUCGGGCACGCCGCCCCGGGGGGGUCUGGUGGCGCGAUUUUACGCCAUCCGGGAUCUCGACGGGUCGCUCCUCGGCCAAUCAGGCUACGCCGUUGCCAACUACGAUCCGAUCCUGCCGCCCGCCGCCGUCCGGGCGGCAAAGUGCUCGUUGGACAGCGCACAGAACGUGUAUGCGUGCACGGACGUGUGCUAUCGGUCGGUGGGGAUUGGAUACCACGAGUGGGGGGUGCGACCCAACGGCAUGGCUGGGCUUCCGGCUUACGUGCUGAGACCAUACAGUUAUGUGGUGGUAACCAGGCUAGAGGACGGUGCUGUGUUCACGGACUAUGGCACGGACAAUGACAACCCCAACAACGGCCCGGCCGUGCCAACCAAGAAAGUCCGGCGCUACCUCACAUCCUCUCUCCUCGCUGGAUACACCUACAGCAUGAAAAUCGUGCCCGCGCCCACCAACCCGCUGUUCUACCCCGAGGGGGUCUUUGUGCGGUCGUACGACCAGGAGGGGUGUGCGGGGGCGGUGACGAUCAUCCUGGAGCCCAAGGACGCCAACACACAAUGGGUCACCAGCAUUCCCACCUUCCCAUGCUCCAAUCAGAACAGCAGCAUGAGCUACAAGCAGUACCAAUGCAUCGACGGACAGGCCAAGCUGGCAAUCCUGAUAGGGGAGAACAGCCACGGCAAUCAUGCCAUUGUCAACGCCACUUCUUCUGCCAGCCAGGCGUGCACAGAAGACACGCCUUGUUCCACCACGACCGCCACCACACCCUCCUCCACUCCCCAGGCCUCCCCCUACUCCUCCGACCCUCUCACUCCCAUGUCCACCUCCCCUCUGCCUUUCGCCCCCACUCGCACAACGGCCGGCAACAUCGACCCUUUCUAUGACCCCGCGUUCUACGCUCCCUUGUAG